UACACCCUAGACAGCUACACUGGCCAAAUUUCUAUACACCAUCCAAAACACAGACUGUUUACUUCAGUCUUCAAACUGAUUCCAAAAGAAAUUCAAGGCAGAAAACCAUUAAAUGCCUUGACAAUCUUUUCAGAUGCCUCCGGUCGUUCCCACAAGUCUGUCAUCACAUGGAAGUAUCCCUGCACUCAGAAGUGGGAGUCUGAUGUACAGCCGGGGCACCACCCUGCGCCCACGGCUCUGCCUGGCCCUGCAGCAGCUCUGGGUGCUGAGCGCCGGCAAGGAGGCAGCGCUGCAGACCCAACAAGAGCAGCAGCAGCAGGAAGGCAGCGAUGAGGAUGCCACCUCCGUCAUCCUCAUCUGGCCCACUGGCUCAUGCAUUGCCACGUUUGGCUCCCAGGCGCUGAAGGAGCUGUGGGUGGGCACGCUGCAGGGGACCCAGAGGGCCCGAGUGACCCGUGUGCCAUCCAUCAAAGCCCUGGAGAAGGAGUUGAGCUGCUGCCGUGCAGCCAGGACAGUGAGCACCACGAGGCUGGAGAGGCUGAUUGAGGACCUGGAAGAGGCUGGUCCCCAGCAAGGGCUGGAGGUGGCCCAGUCUGGCGAUGGACGAGGACUUGACCUCUCACCAGCUGAGUUUGGGAAGCAAAGACGAUCUCCUCUUCUGGCCGAGCUGCCCUCACUUGUGCCCCAAUUUUCCUCUGCAGCAGCAGGGACUGGCAGCAGCGGUGGCAGCAGCAGAAUCAGGAGGAGGUGGCUGCCCUGGCCCUUUGCUCUGCGGCGGGGCCCAGCUGGGGCUGCCCGGGCGCCAGGGCAGGAGGGCUCCGGCUGCAGCAGGGCGCUCUUCGGGCAGCCCCUGGCAGCCGUCUGUGCGGAGGACGGCACGCUGCCCCGGCCCAUCCAGGAGCUGCUGGCUAUCCUGCACCAGGAAGGGCCCACAACAGAAGGCAUCUUCCAGAAAGCAGAGAGCACCAAAGCCCGACAGGAGCUGCGGCAGGCCCUGGACCACGGCCUGCACGUCGACAUGGCAAGCCAGCCGGUGCUGCUGCUGGCCAUGGUCCUCAAGGACUUCCUGCGAAGCAUCCCCGGCAAGCUCCUCGUCACCAACCUCUACGAGGACUGGACGGCUGCGAUGCAGAUGGCCAGCAGGGAGGACAAGAUCUGUCAGCUCAAAGAGGGGGCCAAGAAGUUGCCCGCAGCAAACCUGCUCCUCCUCAGGCAGCUGCUGGCACUGCUGCGACUCAUCGGCCAGCACGUGUCCAGCAGCAGAAUGACCUGCAGCAGCCUGGCCGUCUGCCUGGGGCCAAAGCUGCUGAGCCCACCGCAGGAGGAGCAGCUGGAGCUCGAGGCCAUGCUGGCCAAGAACAAGAAGGUAAGGCUGGCUUCAGCAGCCGGCUGCAGCCUUCCUGGCCAAAGGCAACUUGGCUGCCCAGAGGUGCCUGUGCCUGGCGGCCCCCUGUGUCCAGCCAAGGCUGCUGCGGGAGCUGCCUGCAAGAGCUGCCCCCAGCCAGCGCCUUCCUUCUGUGCAGAGGCAAGGCUCAGCCGUGAUGGCAGGGGCUGCUUGGCACACUCUCGGGCCUCUGGGCUGCGAGCAAGGCUUUCCUGUGUGCAGGUGAAUGCUCUGGUGGCCUUUUUGAUGGAGAACUUGGACGACAUCUUUGCCAAG